UUUUCCCCCCUUAAUUGAUCAGGUUGAAGGGAGAACGGCACUUUCGCAGUGCAGUGAAAGAUUUUCAGCCAACUAUCAACAUGUCGCUCGUUUCCCAUAUUUUUCGUCGAGCGAUCUCGCAAUCAACUGUUCGUCAUGCACAAGUAGGUGGCCCAUCCGCGGUUUCCGGCCAUGAAGCCGGUGGCUAUAAGGUUUGGAAGAAGCUGUCCUUUUUCGUUGCCAUGCCCGCGGUCGGUUUGUGCAUGCUGAACGCUUACCUGAAGCACCAGGAAGAGCACGACCACCCACGACCGGAGUUCAUCAAGUACGAGCAUCUGCGCAUCCGCAACAAGCGGUUCCCGUGGGGAGAAGGCAACAAGAGCCUCUUCCACAACCCGCAUGCCAACGCGCUGCCGGACGGAUACGAGCAUUAAACCCCGUGAUGCUGUGCCGAAAACCGGGCCUGCGAACCCGGGAGAAGGUCCAGAGGAACGUCAGCCCUAUAUGCUGAGACUCGUCAAUCUGUAGUGUCAAUCUUAAUAAAUUCACGUUCGCGUGAGUUUGCUCGUGGUAA